AUGUCUAUUGACCAUCCCAAUGGCUUUAACAAGGAGCCCGUGUAUGUCGAAAAGAAAUCGGGAGAGGAGAAAUCAAUAUCGGACAUCCAAGAGGAUGAAGGGGAAGAGAAAGAUAUCGAUACUCUCAUUGAAGAGCUGGAGUCGUUGGAUGGCUAUGUCGAAUUAAACGUCCAGGAGAGCCACCAAACCGGCCGACUCCCCCCUGUCUCGGAUGACUUGCUCCAGACAAAUUCUCAUACAGGACUUGGUGCUAACGAGGUGACAAUUCGUCGCAGGAAAUUUGGCUCCAAUGAGAUGAAGGAGGCAAAGGAGAACCUCGUGCUAAAGUUCCUUGGGUUCUUCGUCGGUCCCGUUCAGUUUGUGAUGGAGGCAGCCGCUGUCCUAGCUGCUUACCUCAGAGACUGGGUUGACUUGGGAGUUAUCUGUGGUCUACUUUUGCUCAAUGCGUCCGUGGGCUUUGUCCAGGAAUUUCAGGCCGGAUCCAUCGUGAAGGAACUGAAGAAAACAUUAGCACUCAAGGCGAUUGUGCUGCGUGACGGUGUUAUGGUUGAUAUCGAUGCAGCUGAACUGGUCCCAGGGGAUAUAGUGAAGCUUGACGAGGGCACUAUAAUUCCCGCGGAUGGCCGAAUAAUGACCAACACCGCUAUCCAGGUCGAUCAGUCUUCUAUUACUGGCGAGUCUCUGGCAGUCGACAAGCAUAAAGGGGACACAUGCUACGCAUCAUCUACUGUGAAGCGAGGCUGUGCCCGGAUUAUCAUCACAGCAACUGGCAACUGCACCUCUGUAGGACAUGCGGCUGCAUUGGUCAAUGCUGCCUCGGCCGGAACUGGUCAUUUCACCGAAGUGCUUCAUGGGAUCAGUAUCGUCCUCCUGGUCCUCGUCAUAAUUACCUUGAUCAUUGUCUGGGUAUCAUCGUUCUACCGUUCAAACAACACGACAACUAUUCUCGAGUUUACUUUGGCUAUCACUAUGAUAGGUGUUCCGGUGGGCCUUCCCGCCGUUGUUACAACCACGAUGGCAGUUGGUGCAGCGUAUUUGGCAAAGAAAAGAGCCAUUGUUCAAAAGCUUUCUGCCAUUGAAUCACUCGCGGGAGUCGAAAUACUUUGUUCUGAUAAGACCGGCACGUUGACGAAGAAUAAAUUAUCGCUGACAGACCCUUAUACAGUGGCUGGUGUGGACCCUGAAGACCUCAUGCUAACAGCAUGCUUAGCUGCUUCUCGAAAGAAAAAGGGCAUGGAUGCAAUCGACAAAGCAUUCUUCAAGGCAUUGUCUUGCUAUCCGACCGCCAAAACAAUGCUCAAUCAGUUCAAAGUGCUCCAGUUCUAUCCGUUUGAUCCGGUCUCCAAGAAGGUCACGGCAGUAGUCCAAUCUCCCCAAGGCCAACGAAUCACCUGUGUCAAGGGAUCUCCAUUGUUUGUACUUAAAACAGUUCAGCAGGACCAUCAAAUACCGGAUGACAUUGAACAGGCAUAUAAGAACAAAGUGGCCGAAUUUGCAACUCGUGGGUUCCGCUCGCUUGGAGUGGCUCGAAAGUGCGGCGAUGGCGAGUGGGAGAUACUGGGCAUAAUGCCAUGCUCGGAUCCUCCACGACAUGAUACCGCUAAAACCAUUAAUGAAGCUCAGACCCUGGGGCUGUCGAUUAAAAUGCUAACAGGAGAUGCAGUAGGGAUUGCCCGCGAGACUUCGCGUCAGCUGGGACUGGGCACAAAUGUGUACAACGCAGAACGGCUUGGCCUUGGUGGAGGAGGAACAAUGCCUGGCUCUGAAGUCUAUGACUUUGUCGAAGCUGCUGAUGGAUUUGCAGAGGUUUUCCCUGAGCAUAAAUACAACGUGGUGGACAUCUUACAACAGCGCGGAUACUUGGUUGCGAUGACUGGGGACGGCGUCAACGACGCUCCAUCCCUCAAGAAAGCCGAUACUGGAAUUGCAGUGGAAGGCUCCUCGGAUGCUGCGCGGUCAGCGGCCGACAUUGUGUUUCUUGCUCCCGGUUUGUCCGCGAUCAUUGAUGCCUUGAAGACCUCGCGUCAGAUCUUCCACCGCAUGUACGCUUACGUCGUAUAUCGGAUUGCGCUAUCGCUGCAUCUGGAAAUAUUCUUGGGGUUUUGGAUCGCCACCAGGAACGAAAGCCUCAAUCUACAGCUUGUGGUAUUCAUUGCCAUCUUCGCCGACAUCGCGACAUUAGCGAUCGCCUACGACAAGGCUCCAUUCUCCUCCACGCCCGUGAAAUGGAACCUUCCUAAACUGUGGGGAAUGUCCAUUCUCCUAGGGAUUGUACUGGCCGUGGGGACAUGGGUCACACUCACUACAAUACUUACUGCUGGAGAAAAUGGAGGCAUAAUGCAAGACUACGGAAAGCGAGAUGAGGUCUUGUUCCUAGAGAUCUCCCUAACUGAAAAUUGGCUCAUCUUCAUAACACGUUCCGACGGCGCUUUUUGGGCAUCAACAUGGCCAUCCUGGAAACUGAUAGGAGCCAUCGCAGUCGUGGACCUCAUGGCGACGUGCUUCUGCUUAUUUGGUUGGUUUGUCGGUGAGCCAACCUCGACUCCUACAAUUCUCCGCAUCUACGUUUUCUCAUUUGGGGUAUUCUGCAUAAUGGGUGGCAUCUAUCAUCUGCUGCACGGCUCCAAGAGCUUUGAUAAUAUCAUGCAUGGGAAGAGCCCCAGAAGUAAUGACAAGCAACGCUCUUUGGAAGACUUCUUGGUCGCACUACAACGCGUAUCUUCGCAACAUGAGAAAAGUUCGUUAACUAGCAUGGAGAAUGGACAGGCUACCCGUGGCGUUUAGUGG